AUGGCACCCGGUAGCUAUGCGUGUCCAGCAGCCCACCUACCUCAGACCAGAGAGGUUGGAAUAAUCGGAGUGACCGUCGCUAUAGCACGAUUUCAAAGCAAGGAAAUCAUGACUCUACUCCCAGACUGGCCGAAGCAUUGGAAGCACUGGUUAUCAGAAUUUAAUGAGACUGCUGUCAACAGGGAGCAGACUUUUGUGCGGACGUUUUUUUGGAACUGCCUUACGGGCAAGGAGGACGCGUGGGUUAGAAGGCAUGGAAACUCGAAACUGCAGCUUCUGUGUUCGGAGUCCGAACUGAUUGGAUUGGAAUCAGUUGUUGCUAAAUCAAAAUCCGAUCAUAGUCGCCUGCACCUGCUGCUGCUGCCACCAGCCCAGCAGGAUGUGACCUUUUGCACCAUUCCCCUGCCUACUUGUGCGUGCCCCAUCACCGCUCUCCAGCUGUCCUCCUCCUCCUCUUCCGUGUUUGACAGUCAGGCCUUGAAUGUUGGCACCGAAGGAGAGAGCACCUUGGAGGCGAUGACUUCGUGUGUGUGA